ACUACCGUUGCUUUGACCGCCAUCUGAACGUGGGGAUCCAUCUGGGAAUCCAUCGUUAUUAUAAUCACGAACUUCAUCUCCAUAUUGCACUGUUUACUGUGAUGCAAAAUGGAAGUUGCCAUGAACCACGAUGAGGAAAAUGACAGGCUAGACACGGUCAGUACCGUAGACAGCGAUGAUGACUAUAACAGUGUGUAUAAUGGGAGUAUACGAGGUAGUAUGAGCUCGUUGGUUGGGCCAAGACCUCCCGAUCGAUUCGGAUUCAUGGGUGGUAAACAGUACACCGAAAAGGGGGAUAUUGAGAUACCGGUUGAAGUCCUACGAAAAAGAGAAUCAAAAUGGUUAGAAAUGCUGGACAAUUGGGAUUAUUGGAUGGGAAAGAAAUUUAAAAAGGUGAAACAAAGAUGCCGUAAAGGUAUCCCAAUAUCGCUCCGGGCCCGAGCCUGGCAGUACUUGUCUGGAAGCAAGAAAAUGAUGGAACGAAACAAAGGAAAAUUUGAUGAAAUUGACGCCAUGCCAGGUGACCCAAGAUGGGUCGAUGACAUCCAAAAAGACCUAGAUCGUCAAUUUCCAUGGCAUGAGAUGUUUGCAGAGCGCGGUGGGUAUGGGCAACAAGAUUUAUUUAGGGUACUCAAAGCAUAUAGCAUUCACAAUACUCGGGACGGUUAUUGUCAAGCAAUGGCUCCUAUUGCGGCCACGCUACUUAUGCAUAUGCCAGCUGAGCAAGCAUUCUGGACGUUGGUAUGCAUAUGUGACAAUUACUUAGUGGAUUAUUUUAGUCCGGGUUUGGAAGCUGUACAAGUAGACGGAGACGUCUUAUUUGCUUUACUGAAAAAAGUCCUUCCAUAUACUUACAAACACUUGAAAAAAUGCCGAGUUGAACCCAUCCUCUACAUGACAGAAUGGUUCAUGUGCCUGUUUUCAAGAACACUACCAUGGGCCUCCGUACUCCGAGUCUGGGAUAUGAUUUUCUGCGAAGGUGUAAAAGUAAUGUUUCGUAUAGCUCUAGUGAUAUUCAGAUACACCCUUGGCAGGUCAGAUCAGAUGGCUCAGUGUCCCGGACUUUAUGAAAUAUUAGAUAAACUCAGAAAUAUUCCAGAGGAAGUGACGGAGGAGGAGUUUCUCGUAAGAGAGUCAUUAAAACUGAGAGUGAAUGAGAGAGAUAUGGUACGGGAGCAUCAGUUACACAGAGCGAAAAGGCGAGCUAACCAAAGCCGAUUAGAUGGACGUACUGCUGCGAAAGCCAAUUCUGAUGGACGAAGCGGAGCUCAUAAUUUGGAAAAGAUAGAUGGGCAAAAAAGUGGUAGUAAACCUAAAUCAGAUGGACAAAGUGGAGCACGUAGUUUUGAGAGGUUAGAUGGUAGAAGUGGGGCACAUGCAUUUGCGAGGUCUGCCAGCCAAGAUGGCGCGUACGGUGUGCUUGGAAGCCCGAGUAGCACAGCAAGCUCUGACUCUUCAAGGUACGAGAGUAGGAGCCGAGAAUUCUUAGCAGAAAAUGAUAUCGGCAUGCCAGACGUUAGCUAG